CGGUCAUACAAAUUCAGACGACAACGUGAUCACUCUCUCCUCCCAUUUCUUCCAAACCCAAAACCAACAAAAUCCCAAUUCUCCAAAUCCUAGGGUUUCGAUUUUCGAAUCGAAUCCCCCAAUUUCCCAAAUCCCUAAUUUCCCACCUGAAAUGCGCUAAUGGCAGCUCCGGUCCCGCACCCUCUGCUCCCAAUUCCACUCCCGCAGGCCCCAAAUUCAACCCUAGGCGAACCCAUUUCGGGUCACAGAUUGUACAGCUGGCUGGGUCAGUGCCAUGGGCUCUGGCACAACGUGGCGCUCAUCAUGUCCUCGCUUCUCUUUGCUCUCUACUUGGGCUAUCAAUCCAGGAAGAGCUUUUCGAAGCUAUCUCAUGGCCGCUCGUAUAUCAUGAUGGCCUACUACGGCUGCCUCUGGCUCGUUAGCUUGCUCAAUCUCGCUUGGUGCUUUCUUCAGGCAUGGGAAUGCACACCUGAUAAAGAACUGGCAUGGAAUGUCUUAUCUUUGUUUACAACUUCCGGAAUGUUAUUUUUGGAAGUAAGCUUGCUGGCAUUUUUACUCCAAGGGAAUUAUGCAAGUGGACUGGAAGCGUUGACACGAACAUUUGUUGUCUCAGGAAUCCUUGUUGGUGUGGAUAUACUUCUGAAGGCAAUUUAUAUGUUUGGAUUUGGAAUUCCGCUGUUUGUCGAUGACAAUGAUCAUACGCAUCGGAUGAAGUGGAACCUGUGGUCUGUCCAUAGGCUAGUACUUACUGCAGUUUAUGGUUUCAUAUUGUUCAUGUACCAUUCCAAGUGGAGAGACAGGUUACCUGCAAGACCUGCGUUCUACAACUAUACAGCUAUCAUGUUUCUGAUGAAUGUGCUGGCAUUGUUUGCUUGUGGACUCACGGGAAAUGGAGCUGGAUUUGCGUAUUGGUUAUAUGGGGCCACUAUUGUCUGUUACCAUGCCUUCUAUCUUCCUCUUUUAUAUGUAACAUUUCUAGCAGACUUCUUCCAGGAGGACGAUUUACAUUUGGAGAAUGUAUAUUAUUCAGAGAUGAAAGAUGCUGGGUUCUUUGAUGCUGAUUGGGAGUGAUGCAGCAACCACCAUAUUGAAGAUGGUCGUGCGUUCCAGAACUGAAGUCUUCUUGGCUGUAUAUAGAAGUCAAAUAUCCUUUUUCUGAUAAGUGAAGUCUGAUCGCAAAAUGCCUCAAUUGAAGUAAAUUUUGUUAGAGUUUUGUAGGAUGUUAUAUUGUAUACCGUGUUGCUUUUGCAAUCCCACAAGUACAUAAAUAUGUAUUUGAAAGAUUUCUGAUGGCAUGCUUUUGCUGCUUCGGUAAGCUUUCGUUGCGAGGCUCACUCCUUCCGAUUUCCUUAGCUGCACCUGCACUCUAUCUAUAAGUAGAGACCCAUAUCAAUGAAUAAGACUGUCAGAAUUCUCUUUAACUCUUUCUUCUCUCUGCGUUCUUCCUUCAACAUUUUCGUUGUAGACUCAGUUAAGGAGUCCGAAACUUGUCGUUUCCAAGUUCCUAAAGUAAUUUGAUUCCAUACAGGCAUACAUAUUAUACCGUCUUUUCAGUUGGUUUUAGGUUUCAUACAACUGACCAAGAAUUGUUAGGGAACUACUAUUACCUUCGCCACAAAGUUUCCGGAGAACCAUUCAAGUACGAGACACAAAUCAAAAGCUUUGAUCUUUGUGGCAAGACAGAGCCAUGGGAAAUUUGGACAGAGUUUGGUCUUUGGAGGACCUGGACAAGACGAAAGUGAAGACCUGUAUUUCUUUAGCAAACCAAAGAAGUUGAGUGACUCGGCGUCUGUGUAUGCUUGAAGGUGGUUCUGGGACCUGGAGACGAAAGGACGAAGGGGUCACCAUAUUUGAUUCCAAGAUUAAGAAGAGGGUGUAAGGGAGAUGUAAUGAGAAUAAUGAAUCUGUUCAAGACCGUUGCUGGAUCAUGCAUGAGUUUAGUGUUCCUCCUUAAAGGACUAGCAAGCUUCCUCAUGAAUAUGUGCUCUGCCGAAUCCGAGUCAAUGCUGAUAAAAUGAGAAAGUUAGUUGCAAAGGAAGUGUCCCAAAAUCAUGUUGAUAAUGAGGCCAUUAAUC